CUUUUGGCAAGCGCUUCAACUUGAAGAGAUCGUUGAGCUUAAACGAUGUUCACAAUGGCGUACAGGAUCACACCGCAGCCGGUCAUCAGCACAGGCGUGUCCAUCGUGUGCGGAGCAGUCGCCUCUGCGUACGCCAUUGUCGGCGCCAGGAUCAGCAUCGACAGCAGCACCUGCCAGAAGUUGUCGAACGCGGCGUACUGCAGAGCAGGGAACACCAGACCAGACAGGAACACACACACACUGCCCUCCCAGCUACGAGUGUACUUGUUCUUCGAGAAGCAGCUGCGCGUCUUGUACUUGUGACGACCCCACGUGAUACCCACAGGCUCCGCUAGACCGUCGCCGAUGCCCGUGAUAAACACGAGGAUGAACGUCAAAGCUCCUUGAGCAGCGAAUAGCCACUUGAAGAACAUCAGAAUGAACAUACCAGGAGCGAUGUUGCCCAGGAUGAUCCACUUGAGCGUGUUCGGACGAUCUUCCGGGCGGUCCAGAGAGUUGAACUGCAGCAUGAAGAACUUGGAGUGCUCACGGAUGGGCUUGAUGAGCACGAGGAAGCCCAGCAUAGUGAAGAAGUCACCCCAGGCCAGAGCGAUCGGACCAGAGUAUUCAGACUUAAUAACCAGCGGCACCAUGUAGGCGGCAAAGUGCUGCAGCUUACGAGUGUAGUUGACCUUGAACUUGGACGACUUGUUGGUCAUGAUGUAGCCCUUCUCGUCGACAUCACAGAAGACACGACAAAUAACGCCACCAAUCAGUGAUACCAGCAUCAUCACUGCCAACUUCGGAAGCUGCAUGAGCCAGAAGUGUGUUCCAUGUAACCAUUGCGGCUCGUAGGAGUACGUCAGCACGAGCAUCGCGGCGGCGUAGACAAUCAUGCCGAGCAUGAAUGCGAAGUCGAACGUGUUGUACCAGUGCUUCCUGUAGUCACCAGCAACCUCUCCUUCCUCGACCAGCGAUGUUUUCGGGCGACGAACCGGUCGAAGGGAUUCCUCUUGAGAGGUAACAGAACCAUACGAAGGCAGCGUGUGUUGAGGUAGCUCGGGCGAAUCUGGUACCUUCCAAACGAUUCGAAGCAGCACGUAGAUCAAUACCAAGGCUACUAGUGGCAAUGCCACGAGAGUAAUGCCCUCAGCAACCGUCAGUUCGUGCGUCCAAUUCCUCGGUACAAACGCAGCCAUGGGCUCAGCUGUUUCUCCCGUCGAGUUCAUGGACAAUCGGAAGAGAGAAGAGAGCAAUGGGCCUGCAAAGAUGUCGGCGGCUAUAUCUUCCAUCCAAGUUGCUAGUUGCGAAAAUGAACUUGCUGAGCUUUUACCGGGUGACGCAGAAAAUGAGAGAGGAACUCGGUCCUGGCCUCUGAUUGGGAUUCUUUUCUUCAUGCUAGUUCCGCGUCGUCGUCUCCCAGUUUUUCUCAUUCUUUCUACCGCUCGGUUGGACAGCAAGACACACGGCAAUUGUGUUUCAUUUGAGCAAACAAAACAAGACAGCGUCGAUCGAGUAUUUCUCAUGACGGCGGGGUGCAACAAAAGUAGUUCUAUAUCUACUAAAAGCUUCGAAUGGUGCGCCACAGAUUAGAUAUGCAGGCUUCCUAGCUUCGAGUAAAUGCGCCUGAAACUUAAAUACGUAGGGUUUGCUUCGAAAUAGGAAGGUGUGCUUUCUGCGCUGCUGCUGCUGUAAAUGUCUACGGCUUAGUAAAAAAAAUCGCUGCCAUGGCAAAGAAAAGAAAACGGGUGUCGAUCAAUAGCAUUGUUGUACCAAGUU